AUGCAGACAAUAAAAAGCUUCAUCUGGGGUCCCGAUCCUGCCGAACAGCAACGAAAAUGUAACUCCUUAAUCCGUCAAAAUGCCCGCCAACUGGACCGCCAGAUCAAUACCCUCAAAACUCUCGAAAACAAGACAAAAUCUCAAAUCAAAUCCGCAUCCACCCGUACAUCGUCCACAAACAAGACUCUUUCCAAGAACUCACAGCUCGAAAUCCGACUUCUUGCUCGAGAACUCGUUAGAAUCCGAAAACAAAGUACAAGGCUAAAUACUUCUAAAGCGCAGCUUGAAUCUGUGGGGAUGCAGGUCCGUGAGGCAUUCGCCGUACGGAAGAUUCAAGGGUCGAUGAAGGCUUCGACUGAUGUUAUGAGGAAUGUGAAUGCUUUGGUACGGUUGCCAGAAUUGACGGGGACGAUGCAGGAACUUACGAAAGCUUUGACGGCGGCGGAGAUUAUUUCGGAGAUGACGGAUGAUAUGGUACCUGUGGAAGAGGAAUUCGAGGAUGAGGAGGCUGAAGAAGAGGUAGACAAAGUUAUAGCGGAGAUUGUAGGUGAUAAGUUUGCGGAAUCGUCGGUUCCCGUGGAUAUGCCGGAGGUACCGGUCGGUGAGGAACCUGUGGCAGACGAGCAGAUAGAUUUGGACGAGAUGAGGAGUCGACUGGAGCAAUUGAGGAGUUAG